CACCAUUUCUUCCUUAGAAAAUCACUUCCCUAAACUUCUAAACUUGCCUUCAUUCAUUUCCCUAAAUAUCUUUUCAGAUCUUUUUAUUCUUGACCACCUUUGCAACAAACCCAUCUUUAAACCUUCAGUUUUUGCAUUUUCAAUGGCAUCUUAUAAGGGACCAUCUUUUCUUACUUUCAAUGGGAAGAAAUACCACCCAUUCCUUGAACGGAAUGAGGAAGAGGGGCUCCUUCAAGAACCUAAGAUCCAUGCUCCACACUUCAAAAAGGAUUUCAAGAUGUCUUUGGAUCCUUGGCUUGGUUGUGAGGAGCGUGCUGAGUAUGAAUGGGCUCAAGAGCUGAAUGGUCGUCAAGUGUUGUUUGAGUGUAGCCAUGGGAGGUAUUGGUAUCUUGAUGAUCAGGUAUUAACUCAAGUUCAACAUGUGUACCCUCUUGAGACGAUUCCAGUUUAUCCUUGUCCUUCCAUCCGAUUGGCGGACCUCUUAGCUCGAGUCCGCCAUGUUGUGUCGAGGACACCAGGAGACUAUCUUGAAUUUGUCCAGACUCAAUUGCAAGGUUGUAUGGCUGGCAUUCCUAUAACCUUAGUAGCUUCCUUUCUUUCCAAAGUCAAUUUGCAUCAUGUCUUGCAUUUCUUAUACUCCUUGUUUCAACUUUUUUGA